AGGCGUGAUAUCGAAAGGGAGGACGUCGAGGAAGGGGACUGAUUCCAAAAACAGCAUCUAGGUAAAAGGACUGCGGUGCAGCGGGAAGAAAGUAGCGUUGAUCACAUCUAGAAGGGGUGAAAACGAGGAGGGGGAGAAAAGAAGAAGAUAUCCGUACAACUCACGACGAGCUGUACACCAGCGAUAAGUGAGGAGAAUAGCUCGAGAUGGUUGUCGAAUGGCUGUGUCCGGGAUUGCGGCCCGCCGGACGCCGCAGGCCUCGCCUCCUUCACUGCAAGGUGAUCCUCCUCGACGAACACGAGCUACUUCAGGACGUGCUGAGUACCAACCUAGGCCAGGAACUACUCGACCGAGUAUUCAGGCACCUAAAUCUCCUUGAAACUGCCUACUUCGGCCUACGCUAUCUGGACCACGAGAAUCAAACGCAAUGGCUCGACCCGAGCAAAAAGAUCGGCAAACAGUUGAAAAAUCAAGGCUCGGGGAACGCCGGUGAUGGUAAUCCGGAUGUACACACCCUUUACUUUGGGGUGAAAUUCUACGCCGCUGAUCCGUGCAAACUUAUCGAAGAAAUAACCAGGUAUCAAUUCUUUCUUCAAGUGAAACAGGAUAUCCUACAAGGUAGACUUCCGGUGUCUUUCGAUUUGGCUGCUGAGCUUGGAGCCUACGUCGUCCAAUCGGAACUCGGAGACUACGACAUGAGAAGACAUUCGACGGGUUACGUGACCGAGUUUCGAUUUCUCGCCAAUCAAACCGCAGAACUGGAAUCCCGAAUCGCCGAAUUACACAAAAGCCUCGUCGGUCAACUUCCUUCAGCGGCGGAGCUCAAUUAUCUCGAUAAGGUGAAAUGGCUCGAGAUGUACGGAGUUGAUCUGCAUCCGGUUUUGGGCGAGGACAACGUGGAUUAUUUCCUAGGCCUGACACCGAGCGGCAUCAUAGUUUUACGAAAUAAAAACAAAGUGGGAAACUACUAUUGGCCGAGAAUCAAUAAAAUCUAUUACAAGGGCAGGUACUUCAUGCUCCGAGUGAGCGAGAAAAACUCCGAGGAGCGUACGCACGGUUUCGAAACGCCGUCCCGAGGGGCUUGCCGUCAUCUCUGGAAGUGCUGCCUCGAGCACCAGGCUUUCUUCCGUCUCAUGGCGACGGGGCCGCCGCCUUUGAGCCCGUACUCCCGGUUCCGUUCCUACAGCCCGCAGUCCUCGGGGUCCGAGAAGCACCACGGCGCCAGGAUUCGGAAUCCCGCACCCGCCUUUCAAAGGGCGCCGAGCAGACGCGCCCAGCGGCGCGUUGUCGAGGGACAGGAAAUGGCCGGACCCUUCGUCGAGGUUCCCGCUCCAAAUGCCGUCUCUCAUCCCGUACCGGUAUCCAGUAUUUCGACCUCGAACCUCGCCAACGGUACUCAACAAAACGAUACUAGUCCUAGAAGCACCAGGAGCACCAGAAGCGCACCUUGGACCCAGAGCCAACCCAGGGGACUUUACACCUCGUCGAGUCCUCGGUCGGUCCGAUCCGCAGGCACCGCACCAGCUCUCCUGAGCAGACUCCAGCGAAGGAGUAGCUCAGUGGAGAGCCAGAGUUCGGGAGACAGUCACGGCCGAGGUGGCCACAGACGGAGGAGUCACAGCCACAGCCACAGUCACCGAAGGCAUAGUCGACACUCGGAUUGCGAGUCGGAGUUGUCGAGGGGAUCGGAUUCGCGGUCCGGGCAUCGGAAACACCGUCGAAAACACAGGAGCUCUCGUAACUCUAGGCAUGAACUCGUCGAUUCGGAGCCCCAAUGGAGAGAGGCGCAGAAGAGAAAGGGAGAGGGAGUUCAACGAGCUGUGGUGGUGAGUCACACGGAACCGCGGAGAAGGCACAGGAGCAGGCACAGAAGUCCGUCCUCGUCUCACAAGCAGCAUUUACCCGAUGAGCUUCGAAAGCACUUGGAGUUUGGCUUGAUCGACACAACGGGAAUGAGCGAGCAACAGAGGCGAGAGAUUCCGUACACUAUCGUCCAGUCGUCUCAGUCGGUAGUACAGAAUUCGCAGAUACCUCCGAUACCUAGAUCUGAGGAUGUCGAAACGACUGCUCUACCUAGAAUGAACUUCGGAUCACUUGGCGUAAGAGAGAGAGAGAGAAGAACCGCUCAUCAUAGUCGCGAUGGAAGUUAUAACUUAAGUUCGUCGAGGUCUGCGGGUCGAAUUGAUUCAAAACAUUUCUGCGGUGCUAGAAACGAAUAUAAUUCAAGGAAGGAGUUUGAUUAUCGUCGUAACGGCGGCAGGAUAUUGAUAGGGAAUAAUAUCGACAGCGGACUAGGCGAGAGCACGCCUCAAGACUUUUCAAGCUGCUGCUCAAGUUCUGCGGGCAGUACCAGAAUUACGAGAGUUCAACAAAAGAAAUUGGGGGGAGAGGGACGCUAUGAUCUGUCUUCAAAUCAAGAAAUCUACCCUCCCGCUGACGCAACUUUGGAUGCGGUUCUUCAGCCCAUUAUAUCAACUCUGACUCGCCGACACAGAAGCAGGCCGAAAUAAGCACCGAGCUAUAAGUUCAAAUGAAGAAUAAUUUCAAUGCACAUAUUGUAUAUUAAAGAACAAAGAAGAAAUUGUUUUUUGUAUUCCAAUGGAAUGAGAGACAGAAA